AUGGAUAACAAAAGUGCGAAAGAGGACGUGAUUGUCAAAAAUAAAGGAUCACUCAUUCAGACCAUUAAGUCAUUUGAGAGAUGUAUGGCUGACAUGAAGUCCACGGUCUUAGUGCCCACUCGUCUCAACGAUAUUGACUCCCAAACUAUGGCCAAGAGUGGAGUCAACUGUAUUCGCAACAUCAAUCGGACCUCAAAUAUGCCAAACGUCCAGAAUAUGCACAUGAAUUACAAUCACAUCGAGUAUAACAACAGUGAGAUUAAGCACUACUACACCAGCAACUCAUCCAACUCACCCAUCAGCUAA